AUGGCUUCUUCUCUGGCCCGCUCACAAUUCUUCUUUUCGGGGAACUUUGCCAUAACUGCGGCUGCAAAGUCUUGCCGGUCCCAGUUACUGGUAAAGCCCUGCUCAGUAUCAAAGUCUGCCGCAAAGUCUUUAGCUAAAACCCUUCCAUUCCUUGGAACUUCUUCUGCUAUUCCAAAGUCGAAUGUCGGCUUCUCAGCAUAUUCAUCUUUUGCUAAAAGACAAUUUUCCACAUCUAGUUCUCGUAACAAUUUUCUAAACACUUCCACCAGACGUCUGUUUUCAACUGCCCCUCAAAGACGGUCUGCAACUUCUCCAUCCAACCAAGAAAUGCUGAAUGCAGCUCAGCAAGUUGCCAAGGCAUAUACAGAAAACCCUCUUAUCAAGACUACUAAGCGUAGACCAGUUAACACAUGGAAACCUGUUGGUUAUUGGCUCAUCUUUGGUUCUGGUCUUGUCUUUGGUAUUGUGGUUCUUGGUGGUCUUACUCGUCUCACUGAGUCUGGUCUGAGUAUCACCGAAUGGAAGCCUGUUACUGGUUCUGUUCCUCCUCGUACUGAACAAGAAUGGGAAGAAGAGUUUGAAAAGUACAAGAGUUCUCCUGAAUUCAAACUUCUCAACUCCAAUAUCACACUCCCUGAGUUCAAGUUCAUCUUCUUUAUGGAAUGGGCUCACAGACUCUGGGGCCGUGCCAUUGGUCUUUAUAUUGUUCUUCCUGCCGCCUACUUUGUUCUAGCUCGUAAGGUUACUCCCCACGUUACUGGUAGAAUUGGUAUCAUCUCUGCUCUUCUCGGUCUCCAAGGUUUUAUUGGCUGGUGGAUGGUUAAGUCUGGCUUGGACAACAAGUUCCUCGAAGAGCCUGGCUCCCACCCCCGUGUCUCUCAGUAUAGACUUGCUACCCAUCUCUGCGCUGCCUUUAUCCUUUACUCUGCAAUGCUUUUUACUGGUCUUGACAUCAUCCGUGAGGCUCAAUGGAUCAAGGCACCUGAAGCUGCUGUUAAGGAAAUUACCAAGCUCGAUAACCCUGCUAUUAGAAGAUACCGCUCUUUUGGAAAGGGCCUCUUUGCCUUUGUCUUUUUGACCGCCAUGUCUGGUGCCUUUGUCGCCGGUCUUGACGCUGGUAUGAUUUACAACUCUUUCCCAUACAUGGGCGAGACCAUUGUCCCACCCAAGUCUGAGCUCUUCAAUGAGUCUUACAACAAGCAGAACCCCGAGUCUUCGUGGUCGCUUUUCUGGAGAAACAUGCUUGAGAACCCUACCACUGUUCAAUUCAACCACAGAGUCCUCGCUGUUUCUACUUUUUUCUUGAUUACUGCUUUCCACCUUUAUACACACAGAAAGAGACCUUUCCUCCCUCGAUCCGUCUUCCGCGCCAACUCAGCUGUCAUGGGUUUGGUUACCCUGCAAGUCACUUUGGGUAUCUCCACUCUUAUUUACGUUGUACCCACCCCUCUUGCUGCUGCUCACCAGGCCGGUGCUUUGGCCCUUUUGACUGCUGUUAUUUACAUGUGUGCGAGACUGAAGCAGCCUAGAACUGCCCAGAGACUUUUGAUUUCAGCUCUGGAGAGACAAGCUUCCAAGAAAGCGGCUGAAAAGUCGUCAAAGGUGUUUGUUAAGCUUCCUAACAAGGCUUCUUCUUUCAGUGCUUAA